AUGAAGCUGUCCACCAUAUUACUUCGCGCGCUUGCCCUUGGUGCAUCCGCCCAGCAGUCUUCAUCAUACACCGAUUCGAAAUCCGGCAUAACUUUUCAAACUCACACUGAAACCGCUGGCUUUGCUUUUGGCAUCGCGCUUCCCGAAACGCCCUCCACUGACUCCAUCAGCCUUCUCGUUGGCAAAGGCACUGGAUGCGCAGGUGUUUCGUUAGCUGGCCCGAUGAUAAACAGCCUUCUCAUUGUGGCAUGGCCAAGUGGAACUUCGCUCUUGCAACGUGACUACAGAACCUACGGUUCCCCCGCUGAAGCUAACGGCACGUUCGCCGUGACACCCAUCGUCAGCGGCACCUACAUCAACAGUACCCAUUACACGCACACGUUCCUCCGUCGAAAUUGUAUCGCCAGUGACGGUACCACCUUCGCUUCAAACUCGAGCGUCGGAGUGAUAGGAUGGGCGAUGAGCACUACGGCUCUAGUGAGUGCGAGCAAUCAUGCACCCAGCCUCAAUCAUCAUGCCAACCAGGGAAAUCAUGGCGUGAAUUUUGAGGCGGCGAAUAGCGCAGACUAUGCAACGUGGGCAGCAUUGGCCGGGAAUGGGAGCGCGAGGACCGAGAAGGCUUGUUGAGUGGUUCGGGAUUUCUUUUGAGCGUUUCGAUGGUCUGAUAAAGGAUAUGCGACUGUGAGUAUGAUUCUACCAGCUACAGAAUCCCCUUUCUCGGCUGGUUCCGAUGCCGUGACACUCGUUUCGCCUCCCUGCAAAUACAUACCUACAGUACUAGGGCACAAGUUCGAGCUCGCCGUCCUUUUCAUCUUGUCCCGAUCUAUGAUAUGGUGCUGAAGCACUACCAACGGCGGCAAGUAGGGCGACUGUCCGUGAAUAGAGUUCCUCCGAUUUAGGCUUUCAGGGACUUUGCAUCUUGUAAAACUAUCUAAUAUGAUGGUAAGCAACUGCGCCCAGACUUUUGGCAAGGCACUAUAUGUAUUGAUUUCCAAGGUCCUGCAGC